UUUCUUCAUUCACCAUGUGAUUCCUACAAGUUUUGAUCUGUUUGCUAUAUAUUUUAAUGUAAUCCAUCCACAUUUACAGCUAAGAGGGUUUCUGGCCAUGUUUAAUUAAAAAUAUUAAUAUUUUCAUACAAAUGCUUCAUUAAUGACUCAAGGUCUUGAUAGAACAAAUCAGUGAUAAAGUGGUCAACAAUUCUUAUCUUUACCCUCUUUUUGAACUAAACGAAAUGCUUUUUGACUUCCAACCAACUAUUUACCAACUGAACUGUGAGCCUAGACAACGGACUUCAUUACAAGAAGUUUCUUAGUUGAAAUUAAUUAAGUUGUAUAACAUGCUUUGGUCACUGUUUUUUUUCUGAAGAUAAGAUAGUCCUCUGACCUCAAAGCCUAUAUUUCAGUCUUUUUCUCCCUUUUGGGUGCAAAGUGGUGAAGUGGACAGUGACAAAUGGUUUUAUAGAUAGUUUUCAUUAAUAAAAUGGAACGGACAAGUCCAGAGGAAAGGGAUUGUGAAAAACAAAUCAGCUGUGGCAUAUUAGGAUUCUACCCUCAAUGGCUUCAGUUUUUCGCCAGCAAAAAAACGUACGUGAUUCUAUUUGGAUUGGUGGGUCUAAACCAACUAGCCAUCGGCUCAUACGCUGUCGCCACAAUAACAACUUUGGAGAAGAGGUUUAAAAUCCAGAGCCUCACAUCCGGAAUAAUAGCAGGAGGAUGGGACAUUGGAACUAUUUUCUCCUCAAUCACAAUGGCGUACAUCGGCAGCAAGGGACACAAGACGAGAUGGGUCGCAUUUGGAACCCUCCUGACGAGUUUAGCCUGCUACUCUCAACUACUCCCUUAUAUUUUAUACGGACCGGGACAUGAUGCGAUAGCUUUGGCCAACACACCCAACACAACGCAAUAUUCGAGUGGAGCGUCUUCGUGGUGUGGGCCGGGAGCAUUGCUCGCCCAGGACUGUGAUGAUGGAGAUGUCUCCGACACUCCGCCUGUUUUACUCUUCAUGUCGCAGUUCUUCCUGGGCGUAGGAACUUCCAUGUACUGGACACUAGGGAUCGCUUACCUAGACGACAACGUUAGGAAAGAUCAAGCACCUCUUCUUCUAGCCAUUUCCUCAACGAUACGCUUGCUCGGCUCACCUCUUGGUUUCUGGGUGGCCGCAAGAUCUCUUGAACUCUACGUCAACCCAUCUCUGUCACCUUCGAUAACCAACAAAGACGCUCGAUGGAUUGGCGCAUGGUGGAUCGGUUGGAUUCCUUUCGGGGUGAUUGCAACUUUCUACUCAUUUUUCCUCACACUCUUUCCUCGGGUAUUACCAAGGGCGUUCCACCGCAUGAAAGUUAAAACCAAAGAAGUUCUACAAGAAACAGGACAGAAAACAGCCAGAGGAUUCCUAGAGAUGCUGCAACGGCUUUUCAACAAUCGUUUGCUUCUUUGCAACACAUUCAGCUAUGUAUUUUACAUGUUUGGUGUCAUCGGCUAUUGGAUCUUCAUGCCAAAGUAUAUGGAAACACAGUUUCACCUGACGGCUUCCGAUGCUAACCUAAUUACAGGAACAAUGGGACUUAUAAGCUCAGCGUGUGGAGUCAUUCUGUCGGGAUUUGUCCUUUCCAAAAUCAAACCUUCAGCCAGGAAGAUAGCGGGAUGGAACUUCUUAGUGGAAGCUCUCGGAGUGUUGUGUGUUCUCACUUACACUCAUCUGGGGUGUUCCAACAGUGAGAUACACGGGAACAGGAAUCCUGAUGGCAGUUGGAACCUGAUAGCAGAAUGCAACAGUCAGUGCAACUGUGGUCCUACUGUGCCUUACGAGCCGGUUUGUGACCCGACGAGAUCUCUCACCUUCUACUCGCCAUGCCAUGCUGGGUGUACGGACGUCACUUACAAUGACCUAGGCAACAAGAUAUUCACAAACUGUAGUUGUAUCCCAGACACACUCGUUGCCUUGGACUCAUUCUGCCCUGUCGACUGCAGAACUAACCUCACUCUGUUCCUCGUACUUUACUCAGUCAUGAGUUUCUUAUCUUCCACAGCGCACUCUGGGCUCGUCAUCAUUCAGUUCAGAGCAGUUGACCCUGAAGACAAAUCAGUGUCCAUCGCAUUGUCUGAGAUGCUUUGUAGCGCCUUGGCCUACAUCCCAGGUCCCAUCGUCUACGGAAACCUUCUCGACAAAGCCUGCUUGGUGUGGGGAGACUCUUGUGGUGAACAAGGCAAUUGUUGGUUGUACUUUGGCCAGACUCUACGCUAUUACCUUAACUACACAGCAGCAGGAUUCCUCUCCCUGGCGGUUUUAUUCGACUGUGGAAUUUGGUAUUACUCGAAAAAUCUGGCCCUGUACGAAGAAGAUGAAGGGAAGGCUGCUAACAACAACAGUACAGCAAAUAUAGACGGGAAGGAAGUAAACUCGUGCGAAGGUGAUGUAAUUGCCUUACAAACUCCGUCAACGUAGAGAAAGUUAUAACCUAGUUGAAUUAGUAAUUUAUGAGCUUUACAAUUUUAAUUUAUACAAAAUACAUUUUUGAC